CACUGUGUAUGCGUUGUUCAAUCACUUGGAUGAAUCGGAAUUGCUUUGACUUACUUCUACGUUUUCCUCUUGUUCGUACAUACAUGUUGAAUAUGACAUGCUCUGGUUUUCAGAACAAAACACUGAUUGCUUGAUCGCUUGUUGAGGUAGCUGCGAAGGACGUAUUCGUGUCACUGUGGAAAUUUGUAGUUUCACUUCCUCAGGCAAACGAUGGGUUAUCUGGGAAAAGAACAUGACCGGACUCAGAACCUGCACAUAUGAAUGACGCUGCAAACAUCUGCAGAAGUUUUGUUUUUAAAAAUGCCCGUUGUUGUUACCACAGAAUGAGGUUUAUAAGCCGUGUGUGCCUUUUUGUGGCUGUGGCGGCCCUGUUGACUGUGCCGUCGGACGGUUGGCGGCGCAGACGUCGACGCCGGCGGCCACCGCCCCCGCCAGUUCACUGCCAGGUGGGGCAGUGGUCUCCUUGGUCAACAUGCUCCGCCUCAUGUAAGGGAGGAAGCCAGACGCGCCAACGAAGCAUCACUGUUCACCCAGCCCAUGGUGGUAGCGGCUGUCCCGCACUGACCGAGCUCCGGCCCUGUAACACCCAGACCUGCCCUUUAGACUGUACUGUUGCGGACUUCGGAAACUGGACCAAGUGUGACCCAUGUGAGCGGAAACAGGAACGGACCAGGCUGGUAGUCCGACCCUCCCAGUUUAAGGGACACGACUGCCCAGUUGAUCUGUACGAGACUCGCCCCUGCGCCACAAAUGAGGUCUGCCCGCCAUCAGACUCCUGCGGGGAAGAGAAGUUUACUUGUCAGAACAAGCGGUGCAUUCCUAAGAUCCAGACGUGUAAUGGCGACAAUGACUGCGGGGACUACUCCGAUGAGCGCGACUGUGACAGAAUCUUCGAUGUCUGCGACGGUCAGAGGUUUGAUGCCAUUCCCAACAUAGCAUUUGCUGGAAGCGGGUACAACAUUCUGAAUGGUGCUGUUUCGGGGAAUGUGCUGGACAACAGACUGUACGGUGGAACAUGUGACACUGUUUAUAGCGGAGACCACGGAAAGAGUUUCCGACUGCCUGAAAACGUGCAAAACUAUCGUUUCCAGGUUCUUGCGGACAACUCUUUCACAACCACCGUCUACAACAGUGCGGAAGAAUACUAUCGGGAAGAGAGAACAAACUCACAGCGUAACGUUAAGGUCGGAGGCUCCGCCAAUUUCCUGGUCAUCAAGGCUAGUGGUGGUGUGUCACACAGCCAGUCACGUAUGACCCACGACGUUGUCCAAUCGGCUCAGCGAAUUGACUCCAAGUACUUCAAGGUGAUGAACACUGUGGAGCUUGCCCAGUUCCGAAUGCGUAGAAGCGAGCUGGAGCCAUCCGACUACUUCCUACGGAGAAUACGGGACCUGCCUCUGUAUUACCACUACCUGGACUAUAGGUUCCUUAUUGAGGACUUCGGCACGCAUUACUUUUCGUCAGGGAGCCUUGGCGGCCAGUACGAGUUCGUGUACCGUUACACAAGGGCAGACUUGCAACACUCAGGUCUGUCGGAAGAGGAGCAGAAGUCGUGUCUGAGUGCGGAAGCCAAGGCCUCAUUCUUCUCGUUUUCUGGCAGUGCUAGCGGCAGCAGGUGCAAAGACAACGCACUAUCACAAAAGAACAGCGGGAGUUUUACCUUGUCGGCAUCCGAGUCCUUCUCCUAUGUGAAAGGCGGGUCCUCAGAGAAGGCUGGCCAGCUGGCGUUCGCUAACGGUCCGAUCCCGGAGAAGUACGAGGCGUGGAUCCAGGACGUCAAGCGGAAUCCCGCCAUCAUCCGCUACGAGAUUACGCCGAUUUCAGAGCUGGUUGUGGGCAUUCCACAAGCCGACAGAAAACGCCGUAACUUGGAGCAAGCCCUUGUAGACUACCUGAAUUCGUAUCACUCCUGUAAGUGUAGCCCAUGCCAGAACAACGGCCAAGCUCUCCUGAUCGGGACGGACUGUGUCUGCGUCUGCAAGGCGGGGACUUUCGGCAUCUCCUGUGAACAGGGCACGCAGAUAGAUAAUGUCGGUGCCGCCAUCCACGGUAACUGGGCAUGCUGGGGACCAUGGACGGCAUGCAGUGCUGAGUCGGAUGGGUCAGGGCAACGUACCCGCCAACGGACCUGCACCAACCCGGCCCCCCAAAACGGUGGACAGGCCUGCCCGGGGCAGGACUCCGAGACAGAGACUUGCACCUAUAUCGACACAAGUGGCGAAGGGUUCAAUGAAUCUUCAAGUGGAGGAGCUCGUCGCCCUAAAAGUCCGAAGGGAGAGCUGUAAAACUUACCAUACCGACCCCAGAGCUAUCAUUUCAUACUCAUCACAACUUCCCUGUUUGAAACAAAUUUUGCGCUCGGUAAGCCUGCAAAAGAGAUUCGUGCUCAUGGUAAAGACCAUGUAUUUUUCGUCAACAAAACUUACUGCAUUCAUUACCCUGGCAACAUGAAGGCAAGUCAUGGUGACCAUGAGGUAGCACAGAACAUUUCAGCUACUCUCGGCUUAAUUAUGCUCUCAUGCCGUCCAUUUCACUUUGGAGAAUUAUUUCAUGUUUCGUAGAAUCCAGUUUUCAGACAUUCAUCAGCUUUUCUUCAAACUUAAAAGAUGACUAAUCAAUAACGACGGCAAUAUCGUGUGCACGUGUGUUUACAGUGUGUGAAGUGGAAUAAGACUUAUCAAUUUUCUGAUCAUUGAACAGAUUUGAU